AUUACAUGGUACUACAGAGCACGCUAGAGAGCUUGAUCUUGCACUGCGUACUGAAAUGCAGGAUGGAUUCUUUCUUCACUGUCUGACAAUGUAGGAUAAGAACAACUAUUCUGUUCACAUACUUGGAUGCUGGAGCGGACGUGGUGACAAUGCAAAGUCUGAAGUUGCUUGAUUCAACAAAAAAUCUGCAAAAAGACAACUAAGGCAUUGGAGCUCAGCUAUUUUCACAUAUCAAAGGGGAAGAAAAAGAGACAGAUGGAGGUCGAGACGAGCACAAUGCCUUCAAAGGCUCCACAAUUCAAAAUAGAAGAAGAUGCACUGGCAUCCCAGGUACUGGAGAUCAUUGGUGGGGUCACUCUUGAAGCCCUCCAGACCGCCAUGGAGGAACCUGAAGAAAGAGAUGUGUGGUUUAUGGAGGAGGGUGAUGACUCUGUGUUCUACAGUGAUGAGGACCAAGCCCAUCAGGACAUAAAAGCAAACGCAUCCUGUGAUUUUGGUGCCAGUGUGAGCAAGCGUCUGGUCAACAGUGUGACAUCAGAUGAACCUAUCCCAGAGAGGAAGGACGAUCGAGGAGAAGAAUUCAUUACUGGCAAAGAAUAUUCAGCGAUGGAGAGGGAAGUGACUCGAGGAGAGGAACGGCAAGAUCGCCAGCCACUAAAAACUGAACCUAUGGAUCAGUCAAAUGUUGCAGAUCCAGGAGCACAGUCUAGUCUAACUCCAGAGAAGGCUGUGAGCACCUGUGAAGAAUCUUUGCAGCUUAACUGCAGACGUGCAGACAUGCAAACACAGCCUGAGCAAACUGCAUCACCAAGAAAAGUGACUCUACCAGUAGUGGAAGAAGUGACCGAAUCACCAAGUCUUAAACCUUUUGUUGAGAAGAGUUAUGCAAGGCUGACUGGGGAGGAAGAAGUCCCAGAGCAGACGUCCAGUGCUGAACUCCAGAUAUCAGGUGACAGGCAGCUUCAGAUGGACCAAGAGCCAAAGCAGGACCACGACACCAAUGAGGAGUUUCAUCAAGACCCCAGUCCAGGCUACUCCACUCUGGACAUGUCAAAGAAUUCCAGCCACCAGAAAUCCUUCAACCACCUCUCAUCCGCCAAAUACAGCACCGUGUCCUACCGCAAGAUCCGCAAAGGCAACACCCGGCAGAAGAUCGAGGAGUUUGAGUACAUGAUGAUGAAAUUGUAAGAAGAUUGUUUCAGGGAAAUAAAUAGUGUUGGACAUGAUCCAUAACAUGAAAAAAAGAGCAUUGAAGGACACUGUAUAUCUCUGCCAUAUGGUUUACAUAUUAAUGUUCUGUAGAUAGAAAAUACACUACUCACAAAAGGUUGGGGAUAUUCAGCUUUUGGAUUAAUUUAAGUGCAUAUAAAAUGCAGUAAAACCUUUACAGGUGAACUUAAUUUGAGUUUUUCUAAACUUUUGAAUGAACAUGUGCAAGUGUUCGAUGUUUCAGUUCUUACUGCAUAAUCUGCUGUUCUGAUUAACCACAAAAAUGACAAGUGUCUAAGCAUCCUCCAUCCUCAGUGACAAUUUGUAUUUAAAACAGUCCUCUUCAUCAUGAGACCAAGACGACACCUAACAAUCGAUCAACAGUACUUGGCCAGUGCGAGGCUUCAGAUGGGAAGUGUCAUCAGCAGGUUGCAAUAAGUCGACUUGUGAACAGCACGAGACGUCGUUGUCAAGCUGAUGCUCAAGGACUCUGGACACGUUACUGAGAUAUUGACAGUUUUUGUUGUGGUAUUCAUGAUAUAAUAUCACUGUAGCAUGAACUUUUUACAUUUUCCAUAAACUUUUUGUGAGUAGUGAAUCUGACGUAACACUCUGGGUGACACAAAUCUUACACAUAAGAUCUGUUGUGUAGUGCAAUGCCUAACAACCAUUUCAUAUCUAAGAGACACUUUUUUUUAUAUAUAUUUGGUGGUUUUACAGCGAAAAUAUCUUGUUAUGUAAGGCAGGUACUUAAACAACAGCUUAAAUACAUAAGAAGCUCAGGGCUUUAUAAUCCUGCUACCUAUAAUAAGUGAGAUGUUGUUUGGAUUUAGAGCUUCAGUAUUUGAGUGAUUUACUAAACAUACAUACCUGCUUGUCCUAAUGGCUAGUGGAUAAGAAACAAAUAAAAGUGGUACAUGCUCUAAAA